CUGAGGUCGUAAUGUACAGACUGAUUACACCCUGGUUUUGUCCAUUAUCUAAUUUAAAUUAUUUUAAAAUUGUAAACAGGAAAUAUAGCGUUAGCGUAAAUGAUAGAGACCACAUAAUGUAAUAUUAGUGAUUCACAUGUUUAUACUAUAAAUACAAAUAGCAAUGGCUGUGAACGAAACUAACAGCGACUGUUUGUCGCCGAACGAAGAACCCAAAUUGAAAUACGAUCGAAUGGGUAACGACGUACAAAAUAUACUUUUAAAAGACGCCGUAAGCUGUAUCUGCGUGCAUACAAAGUUCAUCUGCCUGGGAACGCAAUGGGGAGUGAUUCAUCUGCUCGACCACGAAGGUAACACGGUUCCCAUAUCGCAAGACAACAAUCAGAAGGAUCUGCAAGCUCACGCGAUCGCAGUGAACAAGAUCUCGGUGGACAUGAACGGAGACUACAUCGCGAGCUGCUCCGACGACGGCAAGGUGCUGGUGUACGGCCUCUACACGGACGACAACACGCACAGCUUGACGUUGGGCAGAGGCGUGAAGGCCGUGGCCUUGGACCCCUACUACUUCAAGUCUGGCUCCGGCAGAAGGUUUCUUACAGGAGACAAAAAAUUAAUACUUUAUGAAAAGACAUUCCUCAACAGACUGAGAAGUACAGUCCUCUGUGAAUGCGAAGGAGAUGUGCAAGCCAUCUCGUGGCAUGACAGAUUUGUAGCCUGGGCCAGUGAAGUGGGUGUGAGGGUAUAUGACCUGGUGGCCAGAUGCUCCCUUGGCCUCAUACAAUGGGAAAAGAGCCCCAACCACUCUAUAGAAGACUUUCGCUGCAACCUUCUCUGGUCUGCUCCGAAGACCCUUAUGAUUGGCUGGGUAGACACCAUACGUAUAUGUGUCAUACGCAAGAGGAGUCAAAUUGAAUUGCAAACACGUGAUGUCACUGAAUUUCUGGUUGAUCCGAUCCACACUUUCCAGACUGAUUACUACAUCAGUGGCCUGGGGCCCCUGGACAACCAAUUGGUGUUACUCGGUGUGCCGAAGGAAUGUGAUGCUGAAACUGGCAAGGCUCAACGGCCCGUGCUAUUGGUAGCUGACUACAAAGACUGUGAAUUUUGUGAGGUUUCGACUGACAGCCUUAAUAUAAGAGGUUAUGAAGCAUAUUCAUACAAUGACUACUAUUUGGACAUGCUCAUAGAAGAAAAUAGGUUCUUUAUAGUAUCCCCAAAGGACAUAGUCAUAGCGAGUCCAUAUGACAUUGACGACAGGGUGAACUGGCUCACUGAAGAGGGCAAAUUCGAAAGAGCCAUGACAGUAUUAGAGGAGGUGGGAGGAAAAACAACUAAACAUUCAAUAGUAACUGUAGGGGUUCAGUAUUUAGACCAUUUAAUGUCAGAACAUCUUUACGAGGAAGCUGCUAUUCUGUGUGCUCGAAUAUGUAAAAAUGAUAAGAUGUUAUGGGAGAAUCAAAUCUUAAAAUUUGUAGAUGUAAAACAAUUACGUUCCAUAAGUCCCUAUGUUCCUCGGAACCCGGAACAGAGACUGAGUCCACAGAUUUAUGAACUUAUUUUUUGUGAAUACUUGAAGGUGGACCCCAACGGAUUUCUAAAACUGGUCCAAGAGUGGAACCCAGCUCUGUACAGAACUGCUGUCAUUGUAGACAAAGUUUUAGAACAUUUAAUGACAACUAAGGUAGAAAAUAUUUAUUUGGAAGCUUUAGCUCUGCUCUACUGCUAUCAGAAAAAGUUCGACAAAGCUCUGACAACUUACUUGAAACUACAACACAAGGAUGUUUUUAAGUUGAUCACAGACCACGACAUGUACUAUGUGAUAUAUGACAAAAUUGUUGAACUGAUGUCUCUGGACUGUGACAAAGCCAUUUCUAUACUUAUCCAAGGCCGAGCCAAAGUUCCCGUUGAGGUAGUAGAGAACCAACUUGAAAGCAAUGAUGAGUAUUUGUUCAAAUAUUUAGAUGCCUACAGUAAAGUGGAGACAAAUGGACGGUAUCAUGGAAAACUAGUUCGCCUGUAUGCCAAAUAUGCCCGACAAAAACUAUUACAAUUUCUGAAAUGCAGUGAUAACUAUCCUAUACAAGAAGCAUUAGACGUCUGUCAAAGCAAUGACUUCUAUCCUGAAAUGGUAUUCCUUCUUGGACGUAUUGGCAAUACAAGAGAGGCUUUACAAAUCAUAAUAGACAAGUUGCAAGACAUUAACCAAGCUAUAUAUUUCUGUCAAGAACACAACGACAGGGAACUCUGGACAGAUCUCAUCAAACAUACCAUAGAUAAGCCUGAAUGUGUCACUUUACUUCUCAAAAGAAUUGGCAAUUAUGUGGAUCCAAGGAUGUUAAUACAGAACAUUCAAUCUGGUUGUGAAAUAAAAGAUUUGAAGGAGUCUCUCGCCAAAAUGAUGUGCGAUUAUCAUUUACAGAUGUCAGUCCAAGAAGCCUGCAAGGUGAUAACGUUAAGGAACUACUUUGAUCUGCACGAGAAACUCAUAGUCAAUCAGCAAAGAGGAAUCUCUGUUACGGAUGAAUUUUUGUGCAGUGCGUGUCAAGGACGCAUUAUAAUUAGGGAUUUGUCGGAUGCCUCUGAUUUGGUAGUGUACAAUUGUCGACAUUCGUUCCAUAUAGAAUGUUUGCCCGACGGUGUGAAGCAUAGCAGUUGCAGUGUCUGUAGUGCUGUCAAAAUAUGACCAACAGAAUGCUCAAACUCCUGCUACAUAGGACUGUGUAUAUUCAAUUGAAUGUUUGUAAUUGUGUAUUUUAAUUACAAUAUUAUAAAUAGUGUACCUGAUAAGGUUGAAGUUAAUGAAUUGAUUUGGUCAUGUUAUCAAAUGUUAUGGUGCUUGUAUUUGUGCAACUAAUUAUUUUCAUAUAAUCAAUUAAUUUCUGAUACACAUGCUCCAAGUUUGCAACAACAAAUUAUUUCCUGAAUAUACCUACUAUUUAUAAAGACCUAUAAUGAAUUUUGAUAAUAAACCUAAAUAUGUAUAAUACUA